AUGUCUAGUCGAUUAUUAAAAAAGUUCUUGAAAGAGAAAAGCCGGGAUGAGAUAAAUAAAAUAAGUAAAACUGUGGAGGAGAAAACUGUAGCAUUUAAGCAUAAGAAGAAAAGUGUUUUUGUACUUUUGGAAGAUUCUGAAGAUAGUAAGAAUAGAGAUGAAACCGAUGACAGUGAGGACAAUCUAACCAAUAAUCAUAGUAAUGAUCGUCAUCAUGAUGAUGAUGGAGAUCCUGCUGAGAGUCCCCAAAAAAAUGUGCAAGGAAAGAGAGAAGAGACAAAAAGAAAGGGUAAAAUGAAAGAGUCACAGAACACAAUUGUGCAUGAUAAGAAACAGAAUCAAGGACUUUCAAAUCGUGCACAGGCUAAGAUGAAGCGCAAAAAGAAAAAGGAUAUUGACGAAGAAAUUGACAAUAUAUUACACUCAAUAAAUGCACAGGAUGUGGAAAAAAAAGAUGGAAAAAAAGAAGGAAGAGGAACCAACGAAACAGGGGACCGGGGAGAAGAGGAGAAGAAUAAUGGUUCAUUAGAACUUUUACAAUUGUCUGCGUGCACACAUGAUAAAUAUAACUACUGCUUAAAGUUAGAAAAAAGUAAUUUCGAUGUAAAUGUUGAACUGAAAAGAAUAUUUGGAAAAGAUUUUGUAAAAGAAAAAAAGUUUAUACAGAAAAGUAAAAUAAAAUAUUUAAAAAAUUGGCUAAUACAAGAUUAUACAACUAAAACUGUACAACCACCUCUAGGAAUGAAAAGAUAUGAAAAUGAGUUUAGAAUAGAAAAAUAUAAAUUAUAUUUGGAGGCAGAGAAUUUAUUUUAUCUGUUAUUAGAUAGUUAUGAUAUAGAAGCAAUGCAUAAUUUAUUAAGAAAGUUUCCAUUUCAUAUUGACACAUUACUAGUCUUGUCAGAGUAUUAUAACGAAUCCAAUAAUUAUGAAAUGGCAAAUAAAUUUAUAAAAUUGUCUCUUCUUCUUUUACAAAAUAUUUUCCACAUAGAUUUUCAUCCCAAUUAUUUAAAUAAAAACAGAAACAUUUUUGUUAAUCCUUAUUUAUAUGAUAACAAGGCAUUAUAUAAAUCGUUAUACAUGCAUAUGUUGUCGUUAGAAAAUGAAGCCUGCACAAUCACUGCAUUAGAAAUUUCAAAAUUGUUAUGCAAGAUGGAUUUGCAAAAUGAUUUAUGCAGCAUUCUACUUCGAAUUGAUAGUUUAAUUUUAAAAUGUAAUUUUUUUGAUUUUCUGCUAUACUUUUCCUUCAAUUUUGUUAUUCAAAAUGUGCAGUAUGUCUUACCUCAAUCUCGAAUGGAUGAAAUUCUCUCCAACUUUAUCCCAUCCGAGGGGAGACAUUCAACAACUCAUCAUCUAAUGGGAGGUGAAGAUUUAAAGCAAAAACAUGCAGCACAAAUUUCCAAUUUGGACAAUAAUCCAAACAGUUGUGUUGGUCCCUCAAGCAGUCAUGGUGUCACCUCAUUUCCUGCAAAAAGGGAUAGCGAAAUGGGGAUAACCGGAGAGAACCUAGCAGAUGAGGCACGAACGGGCGAGAACCUAAAAGAUGAGGAUCCAACCGAGCAUGAUCUAACCGAAAAGAAUAGCAUGCAAAUUAACCGCACGAAUGUGGCAUCCUCAAAUGAUGGAGAUAAAAAUGCGUCCCGAAAUGAAAAACGGGAACAUAUAGAGGAAACGUCGAAUCAGCAAAAUUCCACUUCUUUCAUAGAAUCAGAACAAUCAGUUGGAUACCAUGAUGACAUGCAAUAUAAAGCCAGUGUACAUGGUCAAGCGAAUUGCAUAGAAAAAAAUCAACUGUUUGAUAAUUUCGAAAUCAGAUUGCAUUUUAUUCUCCCCAACUUUGCCUUUUCCAUACCAUUGUGUAUGUACCUGAAGAAUAAUAACUCGAUUGAUUACAAUGAAAUAAGGGCAAUUACUGUGGAAGACAUAAUAAGUGCCUUUUCUUAUGAAGAAUGUAAAUUUUUGAUACCUCAUUUUGCUAUUCAUUUUGAUUGUUACACUGAGGGAAAGGGGAAAAAUGGCAAAAGUAGCCCUACUACAACGGAUGAUGAGCGGAUUGAAAAUGAAAAAUGCAGCUACAGUGGAAAUCUUGAAGAAAAGAAAAAGAACCCAUCUCUCUCUUUUACUGCACACCUGACAUUAUUAAGAGCAUUGUUAUGUUUUCCCAACUUCUUAUCUACAUUUUUAAAUUAUAAUAACUUCAAAACAACGAAAGUAGUGAAAAAAACCAUUUACGAAAUUUCCUUCAAAGACAUAUUGUCCUCUCCCCCAUUCUCCACAACUAGUUUCUUUGAUAAGAAAGAUAAUGAAACGGUACAAAAACUAAUUUCUUGCUAUUUGGAAAAGAACAAUAUAUAUUACAAGUCUGAGAAAAUUAUCACGUGGUUUCACGUGUGUAGUGCUUUUCUGCACGAAAUGUACAAAGACCAAUUGGUGGCAGAAGCUUUGGAAAACGUGCGAUUCCACUGGAGCAGAAAGACACCUGUUUUGGACAUAAACAAAUACAAAGACGUGCGUGUUGGAGAAUUCAAGUCAAAUAAUUAUCUCUUACCAGAUUUCAUGAUGGAAAAGAACAGAACAUACUCACCCAACAUACCCAAUGUGACCUCGAAUUAUUAUGUGUCUUUGAACAGCAACUUGAUUAUAACAUUUUUCCAAAGUUUACUCCCGUGGUAUCAAGUAGACUACUAUGGCACGCAUUCAAGGCCUGUCUACUUUUCAACACUUUUAAGAAAUGUUAUCAGCGAAACCAGACGUCUUUUUAAUUUGCAAUAA